UUGUGCUCAUAAUUUACGCAGACCUUGGCAUGACAAUAAACCAAGUUAUAUGGCCUUCUGCCGGUUGUAUAUUAACUAGUUGCUGCGUGUAAAGUGGAGGUGAGAGACAGAGAAGUGUGUUUUCUUUUCCUCGAGACACACAAAAGCAGAUGAAGAGGUCAGUUGCUGGAUUUUCUAUGCCUUUUCUUUUUUACAGUUUGUAGAACAUACCAAAAGUGAAGACCCAACUCCUUCAUGGAUUAUUUUCUUCCAAUCUAAGAGGCUAAAUCCAGCGGAAAUGGCUUCUUGGAGAUGGUCCUUGUGCUUGUUCAUUUUUCUGACUCUCAUGGGAUCACAUCAAGGAAUCAGACAGUGUUUAAGAGGCGUCUCCAUGAGUGUGAUCCUUCUGGAUGAUGACGAGUCUCCCUGGAGCUUAAAGUUUGUCGGGGGACAAAUACUGAAGGCCUUGGCGUUCGAGUCGGUGCAAGAAAACAACACUACAUUCAAUCUCACGGUGACUUUUGGUGGUUUCAACACAACCUACUAUCGACAAAGAGGCUGCCACAGUAGCGCGUGUGAAGGAGUGGCCAAAUUAAAAAACCUUAUGCAUUCACAUAGCCUGGGCUGUGCUGUGCUCGGCCCCACUUGCACAUAUGCCACUUACCCUUUGGUUGAUGCUGAGAAAGGUCUCAAAUUAAGCACGCCCAUCAUCUCGGCUGGCAGCUUUGGACCCGCCUGUGACAACACGCUCAACCUGCAGCGCCUCCUGCCGCCUGCUCGCAAAAUCACCGAUUUUUUCGUCCACUUCUGGAAAGACAAUAACGCAAUCAAACCUGUGUGGGAGACAGCUUAUGUGUAUAAAUUACCUACACACACAGAGGAUUGCUUUUGGUAUAUAAAUGCACUGGAAUCAGCCCCUCACAUGUUUGCUCAGAAGGUGAAAAGAACGAUGUUGCGCAAACCAGAUGACCUCAAAACAGUCCUUUCUUCGCACAGGAACCGGACAAGCAACUUAUUCAUCAUGUGCGGCUCUGUGAAGGAUGUCGUGGAGAUGAAGAAUCUCUCAGCAGAAGCAGACAGCAAUGAGAUUCUCUUCAUCCUAAUCGAUCUCUACAAUGAUCAAUACUACAUCAACACUACGUCUCAUCCAGCUAUGAAAAAUGUUCUGGUACUCACCAUGCCCAACACCAGGAAUUAUACGAUCAACUCGGACCUGAAAAGCAACAACAAGAUGAACGACUACAUGGCUGCAUACCACGAUGCGGUGAUAUUGGUCAGUCGGGUGAUUCGGGAAAUAAUCGCAAAACCUCACUCGGGAGCUCAUCAGAUGCCUUACGUUACUGUGCAAUACCUUCGGAACACCUCGUUUGACGGCAUCGCUGGGAAUUAUCGGCUGGACGAGCAGGGAGACAGAGAUGUUAAUCUCUCUGUCAUUUACACCACUAAUGAUUACAAGUAUCGUACUUUAUUCGAGUUUGACACGGAGCACAGCAUGACCAUGCUGCUUGAUGACCAUCCCUCCUUUGUCUGGGGGAAAAGACUUCCAAAUUUCAAGCCAGAUGAAGAGCCACCGUCGCUUGAUACCGUCGUGAUUGUUUUGGGUGUGAUUGUGGUGGUGGUGGUGGCCAUUGCUUUCAUCUUCUACAGACAGAACAGGAGAGAUCGUCUCCUGCGGUUGUCCGUCUCCCACAUCCCCUCUGAUCUUGUCACGCUGCUGCAGGACAACACGCUCAAUGAAGUCUAUCUGAAGAUCGAAGAGAAAAAAAAGGAUUUUAAGAUCCGCCGUGCGCUCUAUGAUAAGAAGGUUGUCAUCCUGAAGGAGCUCAAUCACUCGGAUGGGAACUUCAACGAGACACAAAAAGUGGAACUUCACGCGCUCCUGCAAAUCGACUAUUAUAACCUUACCAAGUUCUACGGCACGGUGAAGUUUGAUCAGGGCGUGUUUGGGGUCUUUGAGUAUGGUGAACGAGGGUCGCUCAGGUAUGUGCUGAAUGACAAGGUGUCUUAUCCAGAGGAGACGUUCAUGGACUGGGAGUUCAAGAUCUCCGUCAUGUAUGACAUCGUUAAGGGUAUGUCCUACCUCCAUGCCAGUGACAUCCAAGUCCAUGGGCGCCUCAAGUCCACCAACUGCGUGGUGGACAAUCGCAUGGUGGUGAAGAUCACAGAUUUUGGCUGCAACUCUUUCCUCAAGCCCGGCAGAGACUUGUGGACGGCGCCUGAGCACUUGAGGAAACAGGGCACCUCGCAGAAAGGAGACGUAUACAGUUUCGCCAUCAUCGCUCAGGAGAUCGUUCUGAGGAAAUCAACCUUCUACACGGAAUGCUGCUCUAACCGUGCAGAAAAGUUAUCCAGGGUCAUCAUGUCCUACUUCAGACCUGAUCUGGACUUUGACACAGCUACAGAGAAAGAACUUGAGGUAUACAUAUUAAUAAAAAGUUGUUGGGACGAGGAUGCUGAAAAAAGGCCAGAUUUCAAAAAGAUUGAAAGCUGCUUGGGAAAAAUUAUCAGUAAAAUACACAACAAAGACAACGAGAGCUACAUGGACAACAUGAUACGUCGGUUGCAGAUGUAUUCCAAGAACCUGGAGCACCUGGUUGGAGAGAGAACGGCUCUUUAUAAAAUGGAGAGGGACCGGGCGGAUUGCCUCAACUUUAUGCUUCUUCCACGUACUGUGGUGAAGAGCUUGAAGGAGAGCGGGAUCGUGGAGCCGGAGCUGUACGACGAGGUGACUAUUUAUUUCAGCGACAUUGUGGGCUUCACCACGCUAUGCCAGUACAGCACGCCCAUGGAGGUGGUAGACAUGCUCAACGACAUCUACAAGGGCUUUGACAGCAUCUUGGACCACCACGAUGUCUACAAGGUGGAAACAAUCGGUGAUGCCUACAUGGUGGCUUCCGGACUUCCAAACCGGAAUGGCAAUAGACAUGCGGUGGAUAUCUGCCGCAUGGCCUUGGACAUUUUGACCUUUAUGGGUAACUUCCAGCUCAGACAUCUGCCCGGCAUCCCCGUGUGGAUACGCAUCGGUGUGCACUCAGGUCUGUGUGCAGCAGGUGUGGUCGGCGUAAAGAUGCCCAGAUAUUGUUUAUUCGGAGACACGGUCAACACGGCGUCUCGAAUGGAGUCUACAGGCCACCCCCUGCGGAUUCACGUCAGUCAGCCGACUAUUAAUAUCCUAACCAGGACAGACUGCAAGUUUGAGUAUGAGUACAGAGGUGAAACAUAUCUCAAGGGUAAAGGAACAGAGACAACAUACUGGUUGACGGGUGAGACGGGUGCAGACUACGACCUCCCGACUCCACCCACAACGGAGAACUUCCAGCGGCUUCAGCAGGACCUCGCCCACAUGAUCCUGGCAUGUCUGGAGCGGCGUUCCAGAGGCUCCGUGCGCCGAAGGGGUCGUGGCGAGGACGCGGACAAGGGGCGAGGUUCUGAGGUGGAACCUCCAGAAUAUUUGCAUCUGGCCACUGUGGAUAACACCCUGAGCACCUUCCUCUAGGACCAACACUGGAGAAGACUUUUCAAUAUGUACGUACAAAAUUGAUCUUUAAUAUUUCCAUAUUGUUAGGUACCCAUCCAUCAUACAAUAUAGUAAAAUAAAACAACACUUUAAAAAUAACAAAAGGAAGUUUUAUU